GUGCAAGUAACGUAGAAACCGAAGGAGUGAACACUACCUGAGUAUUGUUGUGCAAAUCUUUAGGCAUCGGCCCUAAUUUUUAUUGUUUUCUGUUAUUUGGUGAGUCCAUUUAACGCAUCCAGUUAUAUAUCAGUUUUUGUGGCUGGUAGUUUCCUCCUCUUGGCCCUCUAACCUCAACCAUGGGGGACUCUUCGGGGGGCGAGGGCCCCCCGACGGUUAGUGCAGCACAAGAAAAUGACAGUUUAUCCAAUGAUUCUCAAAAUCGUCCGUUGAACGCCAUUAUUUGUAACAUUUUGCCACCGGAUUGCAAAAAAACUGCUGAAGAUAUUUCCAGGCUCCAGUAUUUUGAUGUGCCCUCAGGUGAAGAGUUGUCAAAGUUAUCGGCAGAGAUCCAGAUUAUCAAGAAUCAGUUCGAGCAAGACGCUGAAAUCCUGCGGGAAGUUGCCAAAAUCUCCGCAAACAUAAGAAGGACAGUAAAUCGGAAAACAAAAUAUGAAAUCACCGACCAGGGGCCUUUUAUGGUGAUUCUGGAGGGGAUUACAAGUAAGGUGGGGACUCUUCAUCGUAUGAACUUUGGGAAGUUACUUCAAGCGCAGAAAGUUCAAGGUAUAUUGAAAAUUUCUAGAAAAGGAGCCAAUAAAAUCGGUUUGGAGUUUAACACCUCUGAGUCUGCAAAUAAAUUUUUAUCUAAUGAAACAUAUUCGACAGCUGGUGGGUAUAAUAAGUAUAUACCUCAAAGACUAGUCACUUGCCGAGGGUUGGUGAGGGACAUUGGUGACUUAAUUGAUGAGGAUGAUUUUUACUCUGAGGCAGAAGCCAAGGUUAACAUCGGAAGAUCGCUAAAGCGCGUUAAGAUUGUUAAUGUUCGCAGACUAACUAAAAGGGUCAAAUGCCCAGGUGUUCUGCCUGGCACUUUUGGUUUCAAGACAGUUCCAUCUAAUGAUUAUAUAAUAACAUUUGACGGUAAAACUCUCCCAGAAUCAAUCAGUAUCUAUAAAAAUGAGUGUUCAAUCGAAAAAUAUGUUAGUCCUGUUGUCUUAUGUAUGAAUUGUUGCAGGUUUGGUCAUUGGAAAAACCAAUGUAAAAGCAAGGGUAGAUGUAGUUUCUGCGCUGGAGAUCAUCCAGUAUUUCAUUGUGAACUGAAAGAACAGUUUUAUAAGAAGAAACCAUGCCCGACAGACCACUUAAAUUAUGAAGGUAAAUGCAGCCUGGGUAAUUGCGAAAUAUCUCCAAAGCCAACUUGCAUCCAUUGUAAAGGCUCUCAUCAGGCCACUGAUAGAUCAUGUCCGGAAAUGGACAGACAGAAGAAAAUCAAUGAGGCUAUGGCAUGGUACAACUUAUCCUUUUUUGAAGCGGCCAAACUCUUUCCAAGAGGCCCCAAAUCAAGUGAGUUUAAUCGCUCUAAUGAAAAUUUCCCUCCUAUUCAUAACACGGUUGCCCCCGUCUCUCAGCCUUCCCCUAGAUCUGCUUCUAAAACUUAUUCUGUCAUAGCAAAAAAGCGUAAGUCCCCCCAAAUAGAAUCAGGGUAUGAUAGGGACGCCCACAGGGAUUGUCUCGUGCCGCCGUUGACUAGGCAGAAGUUGAAUCACACUAGCAAAAGUCAAUCUUCUCCCUCAUAUUUAAAUGAUUUAUCGUCAGAGUCCGAGAUGGACACUGCUUCUCCAGGGGUUUCCUCCUCUGGUGAAUUUUGGUAUCGGUUUGAAAAUUUAAAGAAAAAAGUCUUGUCCAAUAUACCCAGUAAAAGUGCUUACCAUGAAAUUGAGAGUCUUUUUGACUCCCUGCCUCCUCCCGGAGGAUGCAGGUUUUAAUUUAUUAAUGUUCCCAGAUCGACAGUCAAAUCUUUCUGUUAAAAUUAGUAAUUUCUCAAUUAUUCACUGGAACACUUGCGGUAUUAGAAGUAAUCGUGAUAGUAUUAUUAGACUUAUUCGUGACUUUGGUCCGGAUAUAGUCAUGAUUAAUGAAUCUUUUUUACUCCCACAUAUCAAGUUUUCCUUGUCUGGUUUCUCCUUUGUCAGGGACGAUCGUAUGGAUGGGUAUGGAGGGAUUAUUGUUUUUUUACGCUCUAACAUCGGGUAUAAUGUUUUAGAUGUGUCAGAUAUCCCCAGGUCAGAUAGAUGUCAGGUUAUAGUGUUGGAGAUGGACAGCCUUUUUCUAGUUUCGAUGUAUAAUCCUCCUGACCUUCCUAUGUCUCGUUUGUUCUUAGAUACUUUGGUUGAUAGACUUAGGUCAAAACCCGUUUUUUUUGCUGGUGAUGUAAAUUCUCAUAAUGAAGAGUGGGGCUCUACAAUUAAAAGCUAUGUC